UGUAAACAAAAUGUAGUAACAUAUUGCAAUAUUUGUAUAUCUACAUUUAAUCUGUGUAAACCAGAAUAUCAUAAUUGUGUAUUUAAUUAGAAUAGCUGUGAAAACUAUUUAAAAUGUCUGCUUUGCUGCAAGCCAAAGUAUUUUACGGUUUAAAGACUGACAUAAUUUCGAACAUACAUUAUCUUUCGGACGUAGAAGUCUUGUAUCCUGUUGGUAAUGUAAUAUCACUUCAUCUUAUUCCGCAACGUCGCCAACGAUUUUUACGUUUAUCUGAUAAACAAGAGAUAAAUAUUAUUGCUGUUACCCAUAAUAAGAAAUAUGUCGCAAUCUGCGAAAUUGGAGAGAAACCCACUAUAUCUAUAUACGAUGUUCAAACUUUGAAGAGAAAAAAGUUGCUUGGAAUACCUUAUGAUGCACCUGAAGUUACUAAAUUUACCUGCAUUGAUUUUAGCUUUGAUAAUCAAUAUUUAGCAGCAGUUACAGGGGAACCUGAUCAAAAAAUGCUUUUCUACAAUUGGGAAAAGGGAAAAUUGGAGUCAAAAAUUAAAGUAGGCACUCAGCAAACACCACCAGCUAUUGUUGAAUUAAUAGCUUGUAAUCCAUCCGAUGUAGGAGUAAUUGCUGUUGGUGGUUCACACAAUUUCAAAUUCUUAAGUCUUUCUGAGACUGUCUGGCGUCCAUAUGGAUUCUCGAAAGCAGACAAUAUACUUGCAUGUUCUAUGGCUUGGUUGAAUUCAGAUAGAUUAUUACUUGGAACUGAAGAUGGAAGAAUUCUUUACUUAGAGAAUGGUGACUUAAAAAAUAUUUAUAAAAUGAGUGAUACAACUUCUAUGAAUCUUAGAAUACGGGAAGAGUAUGUCAUACAAGCAGGUGGUUCACUAAUUGAUGUUAAAGAAAAAAAUGAUUGGGAAAAUAAUAUUCGCUGUUUAGUUGCUUUUCCAAAAGGCUUCGCAUACGCACAUGGUUUUAGAACAAUUGUACUGUUUGAGAGAGAAGGUCACCAUAAAUAUGUGAAGAGAAACGUUUAUAUAAUUCCAACACAGCCAUCUAAAGACGAGAAUCGCGAUUUAUACAGAAUAAAUACUAUAGGCAUUAAUAUAAGUUUGGAUCAUUUAGUAAUUACGACAGGCUGGCCCCAAUUAUUUCAUAUAAGAUUGUGGGGGCCAGAUUUGAACGUAGAUCCAGAGCCGCAGGAACUGCGGCUCUUAAGUCAAGCAUUGCAUUAUGGACCUAUAAGUAAUCUCUCAAUGUGUGCUUGGAAAUCAAUCUUUAUGACUUGUGGAGAACUCGACCAUAGUAUAAAACUAUGGGAUUUUGAGACGGGAACGUUAAUUUUAUUUAAACAAUAUGCAGAGCACAUUUGUGCAAUUUCUUUGCAUCCCACCGGACUGUUUUGCUUAAUUGGUUUCAGUGAUAAGUUACGCUUCAUGUGUAUAUUAAUAGAUGAUCUAUUAACCAUGGAAGAAUUUCCUAUAAGGUGCUGUAAGACUGUAACUUUCAGCCAUGGUGGCCAUUUAUUUGCUGCUGUGAAUGAAAAUAUCGUACAAAUCUACACAACUGUUGAUUUCGCUAGCUACUUUAUUUUAAAAGGACACACUAGUAGAGUAAAAGCUUUGCUUUGGUCACAAACAGACACAAAAUUGUUAACAUUAGGCAGUGAGGGUGCCAUAUAUCAUUGGGACAUGAAUACUGGUACCCGUUUCGCAGAAUUAAUUAUAAAAAACAUAGAUCUACACGAUAUUGCAAUAUCUAUUGAUGAACAGAUUGCGUAUUGCAUCGGAAAUGAUAGUUUGAUACGUGAGACCAAGGAAAAUAUGGUGACGCGAGAAUAUAAUCUUCCAGGAGUAACUAUGAAUAAUAUGCUAUUAGGGAAACUGGAUCAAGUGCUAUUUAUUGUCUGUCCCGGCGGCAAUAUUUUGUCAGUAAACUAUCCACUUCAAGAGCCAGUGUUAUAUUCGGAAUUCAACAUUCACGCUGUUGAUAUUACAAAGAUUGCACUUUCCUUCAAUCAACAAUACUUAGUAUCUACAGGAAUCGACGGUAGUAUAUGUAUUUGGAAGUUGCACUAUACCGAAGGAAAGGGAAAAACAGGAAAAGAAAUAAAAUACACAAAUGAGGUGUUAAUUAGUAAAGGUGACCUGGUAGAGAAAAUACAGACUAUAGAAGACUUGAAUGUCCGAAUGAGAGAAAGAGAAAACGAGCUCGCAUAUAAAAUGCGUCAAAUAGAGGUGCUACACAACGAUAAGGUUCGAGAUCUUCAUAAAGGAUACUGCGAAGCUAUCGAAGAACUGAGGGACAAGAUAAGCAAGUUAAAGGAGGAUCACAAGAGUGAACUAAAUAUAAUAAAUAUAGAAAUAGAUAAAAUGAAAGAGGAUCACAAUGAAACGAUGAAACGAGUGGAAAUGAACUACGAUGCCAAACUUAUCACAGAAUAUGAUAAGUACAUGAAAUUGGAGGAACAUAUGACCUCCAUGCGAAAUGACUAUGAGCAGCGUUUGCAGGAAUUAGAAAAACAAGCAGCUGAAGAGUUGCAAAACACGACAGACAAAUAUGAAGCAAUAUUGCAUCAGAAUAAAUUACAACUAGAGGAGACUCAAGAUGAAAUGGCACAUCAAGCUCGGGUUCACGAAAAAAUGGCGAUACAAAUAGAGGACGAUGCUGACCAAGAAAUUCUAGAAUUAAGAACGAAUUAUGAAAAUUUGUUACACGAGGAGAAAGAGUUGAAUUUGAAGCUUAAAGGGGAAGCUGGAAUGAUAAGAAACAGAUACUUGAUUAGUCAGAAAGCUGUCGAGGAACUAAAGAGACAAGUGGAACGUGUUCAAAAUGAAUACACUUACUUUCAAUCAUCCAUCCAAGAGUUGGAGAAAAGUAAGAUGGAUUUGAAGAAAGAGAUAAAAGAGAGAGACGUCACAAUCCAGGACAGGGAAAGCCAGAUAUACGAAAUGAAACGUUCGAACCAGGAGCUGGAGAAGUUUAAAUUUGUGUUAAAUUAUAAGAUAACUGAAUUGAAGAAUCAGAUAGAGCCACGAGACCAAGAGAUUAGGGAGUUAAAAGAGAAGAUACAGGACAUGGAAACAGAGUUGGUAAACCUCCAUAAGACCAACGUUAGCUUAGAAUUACAGCUACACGAGUUGAGGGAAAAGUUGAAAUCGGCGAGACGCGAACUGCAGCACGAAGAUCAUCGAGGUAAAAAGUGUCAACAACUUCUGAAGAAAAUUCGCGUAGACUUGCUGGAUACGUCCGGACUUGUGCAAGAGCCACAGGCCUUGAAGAAUGCCGUAACAAAACUAUACCACAAGUACAGUGCUGGUGAUGAUUUCUUGCGUAGUCGUAAGGCAGACUUUGAUGCUCAAUGUGAAUUCAUGAAGCAGAGGGAUCAUCUGGAAAGAACGAUAGGUUCUCUUAGGAAACAAGUACUGCAGGAUAAGCCAGGUGUUGGAAAAGAUGUGAAUAAAACAAUAGAAGAGAAUAUUGUGUUGAUCACAGAAUUGAACACACUGAGGGAAGAGUUGAAAGAUGUCAGAAAACAUAUAUUACAUAUGGAAGGCCUUCUUGGUUUAACUGGAAAAAAUGUUACACCGUCUGAGGCGAAAAAGAAGUUGGAGAAUGCAUGUUAUGGUUAUGAAGAGCUGCAGAGCAAAUGUAAAGUACAGAUGCUAGAGUGUCAAGGUAUCAUAAGCGCGUUGAAGGACGAUAUGAUCCAUUUAAUAGACAAAUUACCAUGCGAGGAGAAGAUAAUUAAAUCGAAUUUUUAGGUACUAGGCAUAUGUAUUUUAAAAAAUAAAUUACUUAAUUUAUUAAGUAUGGUAUUACCGCGUAAAUUGUUUAUUUGAGGAAUAAAAAUAUUGGUAACAAAUUCCAGAAAACUAGAAA